UUUAUUUACUUGUAGCAGUAACAAUAGCAGUGGUAACAGUAGCUUGUACGCGUUGUUGCUGACAUGAAUGCAAAUCCAAAGGAAAAGUUCAAAGCAGGAUAACAGAAGGAAAACGAUACAUGUCCCUUUUUUUUUUGUUAUCGUUAUUAUUGAUGGCCCAUUUCCGGAUAUACUUAUCUUUCGCAAUCAGCGCAGAUGUCAAUGAACACGUGGUUCGCAUAUCCGGACUGAUUUCCGGCACGCGCACGUCUUUCCACGCACGUGUUCAUGUGCCGUGUAUACGCCAGUCAAAUGCGUCUCACGUAUGUUAGUCCUACAUCCGGAUAUUCUUAAACUUUAUCUAGACGGGACAUGCUACUAACGAUCUAUGAUGAAACGUGUCUUGUUUUGUAGUAAACAAGAACGUAAUUUAUAGAAAUAUCUUACAUUGUAAUUUAUACUUCUUUCAAAGGCAUCACCUUUUGUUGAUUGAUAUCUACGAUGAGAAAUACGUAUCUUCGAUGUACUCAAAAAGAAACGAAGCAAUUUAUUUCAUUUAUUUUUUCUCUUAAUCAAACGUUCACAUAGUAUCGUUAAUUGAUAAUGUACACGUGUUAUACCUCGAUGUUCACCACUUAUAUAUGUAUGUGCGUAUCUUCAUCCUUGAUCUCUCAUCAUUAUUGCGAGGAAGGGGCAGCGAUCCCGACUAAUAAAGAGGGAGAACACACUCACUCUAUUUAUAAGUGCAACUCUCUCUCUCUUUCUCUCUCUCUUUCUGUCUCUCUCUCUCUCUCUCUUUUCUUCCUUCUCUUCUUCUUCUUCUUCACGAUGAAUUUCGUGAUGUUAAAUUUAGUUUCGAUGGAGACGAAGCCGAGCCUGGCGUAUGAGAAGUUUCAUCUAUAUUCAACGUACCGAAUCAUUUCAAUAUUUUACGCCGAUAAACGAUCUAAAAAUUGUAAAAAAGUAUUAUUCGUCUUCUACAUUUUUUGUCAUACUAAAAGAGUUUCUAUAUACUCAGAGAUGUUUUUUUGUAUAUUAUUUCUUGGUAAUAUAUGUGUGGGAUACAUCUAUACGUGAUUGAUCUUAAAAAUUCAGAUUACAAGUUCAUAUUAUAUUGAAAUAAUGUGGUGCAAUAAUGAUAUUUUGGGAGAAAGGGCAGCUGUUUCUAUAUAAGGAAUGGAUACGUGGACUAAUUAUCCUAAAGAGUACCAGAAUUUAAUUGCUAUCAUGGAGGAAGAAAAUAAACUACAUAGGAAAGAUUCACAGUCAGAUUCAUCAGAUGCAGCUUCAACUAUAAAACAUUGGGAUAGUCAGUGGACACCUUCAGAAGGAUAUGAUUCUUCUGGAACGUCUAAUUCGGGUUGUGGUGAGGAUUAUGCUGAAGAUUAUCAACAUAGAAUACCAAUCGAUCUACCUAGAUUUGUUGAAGAUUGUCACACUGCUUGUAGGUCUCAGACUUGUCUUUGUCAGGGUUGUCUAUUCGAAUACAAUAAGAUGAUAAAUCUUCAAGGCAGUAUGUCCAAUAUUUGUGGAACACCAACAUCAAAAAUCAAUCCAACUCAUUUAUCAACUCUUCCACCUUUGUAUAGUACACCAUGCUCAAGUAUCCAGAGUGAGCUGCCACAUCAUUGUAGCAAGGACCAUCUUCCUUUAAGUUGCAACUGUCGCACGAUGUAUUCUUGUCAUAUGCAACAAAUUCCAUUGCAUUUAAAGGAAUGUCAUUUACAUUCCAGUGACAAAACGAAUAGCACUACUUCUCUUUCUGGAAAUUCAGUAGGUCGUUGUGUUGGUUCAUUGGAUAGAAGAAGACGAAGAUUCAAAAGUAAAACUGAUCAUAAUCAGAGGACAAAAUCACAUAGUGAUUUAAUAUGUUGUGCUAAAGACAAACCACAUUACUGCUCUUUACAACAAUUUCAAUGUGGCAAUAAUUCACAUUUAUAUAGCUACUAUAAUAAAACUGAGGAACGUCUCCAAAAAUUAGAAAGCGAACGUGGUGCACUUCAUAUGGAAGUAUCAGUACUGUCAGAGCAAGUUGAUGCACAGUCUAGCAAAAUUCAAGAAUUGGAAAAUAUGCUUAAAGAAAAAAAGCAUUCUCUCAGGCAAAUGGAAGAAGCUUUACAGAAGGAAGUGUUAUCAAGAAGUGCAUUGGAGACACAAAAGCUAGAGCUUCUUAGUUCUCUUUCUGAACUGAAACUCAGACAAGCUAGUUUAGAACAUGAAAAUUUAGCAUUAAGAAAUACAAGUUCAUUAUCCAAUGGGGAAAGAUUCAGUAGACAUGCCGGUCAAUAUAGCAGUCUUCCAAGGCCACCAACAUCUUCAAAGAAAGGAGUCGCGUUUGGUAAGGUUUCGAAUUUAAUCUCCGGAGAGCACACAACAGUACCGUUGGCUGUUAGAGGAAUUUCUGCGAGAUGUCUAUCAGCUCCUAUUCUAGCGGAAGAAGAAAAAACAGUAAUUGGAGAGUCAAGUUUUCAACCAGAAUCAGCACCACCAAAACCCCUUGCAGAAUUGUCUAUAGAAGAAGUUGGUGAUUGGCUAUCUCGUAUUGGCCUGGAAUGUUACGCCGCAGAAUUAAGACGAUGGGGAGCUACUGGUGUAAAAUUAGUCGAGGCAACGCCAAAUCAAAUUGAAAAGGAACUUGAUAUAAAAAAUAUAUUGCAUAGAAAGAAAUUAUUAUAUGCAAUUGAAUCUGAGAGAUCUAACGCAGAAGGCUUUCUUGGUUCAGAGAAGAUGGACAGUGCUGCAGUACUACGAUGGUUAGAUGAUAUUGGAUUACCCCAACAUAAAGAAGCUUUUCAUAAUGCCAAAGUUGAUGGUAGAGUAUUACAUAGAUUAACGACGGAAGAUUUAUUGAAUCUUGGUGUGACAGCUCAAUUGCAUGCAGCUAGUUUACGACGAGGAAUUCAGAUUCUGAGGGAGUUAAAUUUUGAAUUUGAUAACAUGGAAAGAAGAUCAGUAAAUGGGAAUGGUGCAGAUGGAACUAAUGUCACACUAUGGACUAAUCAUAGAGUGAUGGAAUGGUUGAGAGUGGUUGACCUUGCAGAAUAUGCACCUAAUAUGAGAGGCUCAGGAGUGCAUGGGGGACUGAUGAUCCAUGAAGGUCGUUUCACCUCAGAAUUGUUAGCUACUAUAUUAAGCAUUCCACCUUCAAAAACUCUAUUAAGAAGGCAUUUGACAACUCACUUUAAUCAAAUUCUUGGUAGAGAAGUUGUACAGCAUAAAAGAGAGAUGGAAAGUACACUUGGAUUUGUACCUUUAACUCUUACGGCUAGAUUGAAGGCACCAAAGAAGUCUCAGUUCACGUUAAAGCGUAAGAAAAGUAAAAACGAAGUGGAUUAUGGAAAUCUGGUUUGUCCUUUGGAAGCAUCACCACCAGGUACACCAUCAACAUCUUCGUCAACACCAGGCAGUCCUAAUUUGAACUCACCCUCACUCUAACCAUAAUCACAGAUUCAUUCAAGCAGUCAUCUUAACUAACUCAUCUAGAGGAUACUGGACAAAAGAAAGUAAUUGGUUGUAUAUGAGGAACAUAUAUAAAACUUACUUUGUACAAUGAGUAUAUUGGACGAUUCAUUCUAUACCAAAAAAUAUUUGCUUUUAUUAGAUUUGAUUAACAGAUAGCUUAUUAGCAGAAAGAAUGGAGAUGUAAAAAAUAUAAAUCACAGAUAAACAGGGACCACUUUUUUA